CUAGUUUAUAAACACCACGUCCUUAAUUAGUUUAUAGAAGAAUAGAGAAGCAAACUAAGCUCUCAUGGAGUACUCAGUCGUCAACCGGAGAUGGUCUCUUUGCAUCUUCGCCAGCUUUUUUGGCUUCAUUUUCCUCUCUCUUUACCCUGAUCAAGGCCAACAUCUCAUCACCAUUGUUUCAUCUCUUAGAAGCUUAGGCUUCACCAAUAAUUAUAACGUGUCGAUCACAGAGUACUACGGAGAGCUCACUAUUAUGUCAUCUCCUAAAAAUAUUUCAUCUCCCCAAAUUUCGUCUCCGAAAAAUACUUCAUCUUCACAACUCAAUACUACUAUCGAUGUAGUUUCGUCUACACGGGUGAAGAUGGAGGUCUCUUUGAAGUUGAAUAGCAGUGGUAACGGAAAAUUGGAGGCGUUGAUAAAAGAAGAAGAGGAGUGUGAUAUUUUUGAUGGGAUGUGGGUUUAUGAUCCUAAGAAUUAUCCUUUGUAUCAUUAUUAUCAAUGUCCUUUUCUUAGCGAUCAAGUUGUUUGCCAGAAAAACGGGAGGCCAGACUCGGACUAUGAGCAUUGGAGGUGGAAACCAAGAGGUUGUGAUAUACCAAGGUUUAACGGGACUGAUAUGCUUGAGAGAUUGAGAGGGAAGAGAGUGGCAAUUGUCGGCGAUUCUCUUAAUAGAAACCAGUGGGAGUCGAUGGCGUGUCUCCUUUAUUCAUCUAUUGAUCAACCAUCGCGAACACAUAUCAAGUUAACAGACACCUACAAAAUCUUUCGAGCUCUGGACUAUGAUUUCUCUCUGGAAUUCUUCUGGAGUCCGUUUCUAAUAAAAGCAGACCAAACGAAGAACGGAUCAAAAGUGCUGAAGCUCAAUGAGCUCGUAGAACCUUGGAAAUGGCAAGAUGCCGAUGUCUUGGUUUUCAACACUGGCCACUGGUGGACUCACCAGGGGAGAACCAAAACGUGGGAUUAUUAUGAGCAUGAAGGAAAGCUGGUUGAGGAAAUGGAUGGGGACUCAGCAUUUGAGACUGGACUGAAUACUUGGGCGAGCUGGAUUGAUCGAAUGGUGAAUCCAAACAAGACUAGGGUUUUCUUUCGCAGUAUCUCUCCUCAACAUACGCGGUAUAAUUUGAACUGGUGUUACAACCAGAGUCAUCCAAUCACCAACGAAACUUACAGACAGUCAUUUAAACAAUCAAUGAUAUCUAUAGUAGAGGAAACUAUAGAGAAAAUGAAAACUCCGGUUAAAUAUCUCAAUAUUACGCGGUUAUCAGAGUAUCGACGUGAAGCACAUACAUCUGUAUACACUGUGAGGGCAAAGACGCUCUUAACCGAUGAAGAGCGAAAGCAGCCUGAGAUAUUUGCAGAUUGUAGCCAUUGGUGUCUUCCAGGAUUGCCUGAUACUUGGAAUUCUCUGAUUUAUACUUUGAUUGUUGGAUCCCCACCAGUUGUUCAAUAGCUUUUGCUGUUUGAAAGUUUUAACGUUAUUUAGUGUAGAUAUUUUUGUACCACAUUUCUUGUAUUAUAGCAAUUCAUUAGUC